AUGGCUAAGCACCAUCCAGAUUUAAUAUUCUGUCGAAAGCAGCCCGGCGUUGCUAUUGGAAGACUUUGUGAGAAAUGUGAUGGUCGAUGUGUUAUCUGUGACUCGUAUGUCCGUCCAUGUACAUUAGUACGAAUAUGUGACGAAUGUAAUUAUGGUUCCUAUCAGGGUAGGUGCGUGAUAUGUGGUGGCUCGGGUGUGAGUGACGCAUACUACUGCAAAGAGUGCACACUUAUGGAGAAGGAUAGAGAUGGUUGUCCGAAAAUUGUCAAUUUGGGAAGUGCUAAAACUGAUUUGUUCUAUGAAAGAAAAAAAUAUGGCUUUAAAAAAACUGGAUAG